AUGGCCAACCCGGAAGCCUACAUCCCGACCGUCGAUCUUCGCGAGUACUUUGAACCCACCACUCCAACCAGCAAAGAUGAAUUGGUUGCGAAAGUAAGGACAGCUUGUCUGGAGCAUGGAUUCCUCCAGAUCGUCGGGCAUGGCGUACCAGUGACGAGUCAACGGCGCGUGCUCGCCGCCUGCAGGACCUUCUUCGAGCUGCCAAACGAAUCAAAAACCGAGCUUUCACUCUACAAGAACUCAUGGCGCCGUGGGUAUGAGGGGCCGGGCUCCCAGAGGCCAAGGGAGGAUGUCUUGCCGGACCAGAAAGAAGGAUUUUUCGUGGGGAAACAUUUGCCCAUGGAUCAAGUUGGCUUCCUCAAGGGUCCCAACGUCUGGCCCAAAGACCUCGCGGACAGCGAGUUCCGCGAACCCGUACUGGAGUACUAUGACAACAUCUUGAAUCUCGGGCGCAAGGUCUGGGAGGUGCUCGUCGUCAGUCUAGGCCACCAAGCCUCCAUCCUGAACAGGUUCACCAACGACGUCGCCAUGUUCCUCAAGCUCCUCCGCUACCCGGAGCAUACUUUCACCGACCCACGGCAGUUCGGCUCCGGCCAACACACCGACUACGGCGGCAUCACCGUCCUCCUUCAAGACCCCGGCAAAGACGGCCUCGAGGUCUGGCACGCGGCGACGAAGCAAUGGCUCCUGAUCCCCGCCGUCGAGGACAAGUUCGUCAUCAACCUGGGGGAUAUGGUGCAGAAGUGGACCGGCGGCGAGUACAAGAGCACGGUUCACCGGGUCAUCAACAAGGCCGGCGGUGAGCGCUUCGCAGUGCCGGCGUUCUGGCACGGCGAUCUCGAGGCCACGAACCCGCUGGAUCCGCACGACCGCAGCGGCGAGACCGUCUCACAGCACAUCUACAAAAAGUUCUAUCGGGACUACUCGCUGCCGGCGGAUACGGAACGGGAAAGCCAGCCAAGUUGA